AGAGAGAGAGAGAGAGAGAGAGAGAGAGGAGAUGGCGGAGAGUAAAAAGAGGCUGGUCUGAGACAUCUGCCACCACUUGUCGUUUUUUAGACCAAAUCAAUCCACUCACCUUCCCCUCAGCCUGGCUCCUCCAUUUUUGGAAUCAAACACAGAAAAAAAAACUGUAAAAUAACAAUAUCCACUCAAUAUUCAACCACACUCUCUCUGCUCUUGUAUUUAUCCUUUUUAAGGUAACAAGCGAUACCCCAGUCACAACCUUCCUCUUCCUGUAAUGGCGGAGACCUUCGACGUUCCUUUUUCUUGUUACCCAUUAUUAUAUACUUAACCUCCUUUUCAUUUGUCUCUGUGUUCAUCUCCUCACUUUUCUACAAUUUAUUUUUUCCGAUUUCUUUUAAUAUUUUUAUUAUGUACACUAGUACAAGCGCCGAGGACUCUCAUGUCUAGUUGUUUACUUUCUACUAUUAUUUUACUUGGAGAGUGAGAAGCAGUCUGAAGCUCAGGGUCACCUUCUUCAUCAGGGGGUCGUUUACAGAUAAAAAUGGCAAAGGAGUACAUUGCAUCACCUAAGCAUCAUCAGCUUGAAUCCAAGAGGAAGCGUCUAACUUGGAUCUUGGGGGUCAGCGGCCUCUGCAUAUUGUUUUACACUUUGGGAGCUUGGCAGAAUACCACCGCUCCCAUCAAUCGAUCUGAGGUCUAUAAUAGAGUAGGUUGUGAAGUUGCAACACCUGGAGCAGCAAAUGAUAAUCCAUCAUCAUCGGUUGUCUUGGACUUCAAUACCCAUCAUCAGAUUGAGAUAAACAAUACUGACUCGGUUGCUAAUUUUCGACCAUGUGAUAUGUCCUACAGUGAGUACACUCCCUGUCAACAUCCACCAAGAGGAAGAAAAUUUGACAGGAACAUGUUGAAAUACAGAGAGAGGCAUUGCCCUACAAAGGAAGAGCUUUUCUUUUGCCUGAUACCUGCUCCACCAAAAUAUAAGACCCCCUUCAAAUGGCCUCAGAGCCGUGACUAUGCUUGGUAUGACAAUAUCCCCCACAGAGAGCUCAGUAUUGAGAAGGCUGUGCAGAAUUGGAUUCAAGUAGAGGGUGACCGCUUCAGAUUCCCCGGGGGAGGCACCAUGUUCCCUCGUGGAGCUGAUGCAUACAUUGAUGACAUAAAUGAGCUUAUUCCUCUUACUGGUGGAACCAUCAGAACUGCAAUUGACACAGGCUGUGGUGUCGCAAGUUGGGGUGCCUACCUGUUGAAACGGGACAUUCUGGCUAUGUCUUUUGCACCACGGGAUACACAUGAAGCACAGGUCCAGUUUGCACUGGAGAGGGGAGUUCCUGCUAUGAUUGGCAUCAUGGCUUCGCAAAGGCUUCCUUACCCAGCAAGGGCUUUUGAUAUGGCUCACUGUUCCCGUUGCUUGAUACCUUGGCAUGAUUAUGAUGGUCUGUAUCUAAUUGAAGUGGACAGAGUCUUAAGGCCUGGUGGUUAUUGGAUUCUCUCGGGCCCUCCUAUUAACUGGAAGAAAUACUGGAGAGGUUGGGAAAGAACCCAAGAAGAUUUAAAGCAAGAGCAGGAUGCUAUCGAGGAUGUAGCCAGGCGGUUGUGCUGGAAGAAAGUGAUUGAAAAGAACGAUCUUGCCGUUUGGCAAAAGCCCAUCAACCACUUGGAGUGCAUUAGAAGCAGGAAGGUGUAUAAAACACCACACAUAUGCAAAUCAGACAACCCAGAUGUUGCAUGGUACAAGGAAAUGGAAGCCUGCAUAACCCCACUUCCAGAGGUGAGUAGCUCUGAUGAAGUUGCUGGUGGUGCAUUGGAGAAAUGGCCAGAGCGUGUAUUUGCCAUUCCUCCCAGAAUUCGCAGCGGUUCGAUACCAGGUAUCUCUGCAGAGAAAUUCAAGCGGGAUAAUGAACUGUGGAAGGACAGGGUGACACAUUAUAAGCAUAUUAUCAGGCCCCUGACCCAAGGGCGAUAUCGGAAUGUGAUGGAUAUGAAUGCUUACCUCGGUGGAUUUGCUGCUGCCCUGUUGAAAUAUCCAGUGUGGGUUAUGAACGUGGUACCUGCCAACUCGGAUCGUGACACACUGGGUGUGAUCUUCGAGCGAGGGUUGAUUGGGACCUAUCAGGAUUGGUGUGAGGCAGUGUCGACGUAUCCAAGAACAUAUGAUCUCAUCCAUGCCAGUGGAGUGUUCAGCAUAUAUCAGGACAGGUGUGACAUUACAUACAUCCUGCUGGAGAUUGAUAGAAUUCUGAGGCCGGAAGGGACAGUUAUAUUCAGGGACACGGUAGAGAUCCUCGUGAAGAUUCAGAGCAUAACAAACGGGAUGAAAUGGAAAAGCCAGAUUAUGGACCAUGAAAGUGGACCAUUUAAUCCAGAGAAAAUUCUUGUUGCCAUCAAAACUUACUGGACUGGUGAUACUUCUCUAAAACAACUGUAGUAGUUCUCUUUCUUUUCUUGGGAAUCAUUAAUUUUGUCCAACUUCAAUCAGAUUUUGCUCAAUAGUACAUACAUUUUCCUGUGAACGAGAAAAAGAAUAGGUUUGCCAAGUCCUGUACUUUAUUUAUUUAAGGAUGAAUUAUUUUUUUUGUUCAUGUGUUA